UAACCACCUGUCUCCCUGGCAGACCUGAACAGAACCUUUCCUGACAACAUUCAGUUCCGCAAGACGUCCAACCCAUGUCUCCAGAAAACCCUGUACAACGUACUGCUAGCGUACGGACACCACAACCCAGCUGUGGGCUACUGUCAAGGCAUGAACUUCAUCGCUGGGUACCUCAUCAUCAUCACUAAAGAUGAGGAGAAAUCAUUCUGGCUGAUGGACGCUCUACUGGGCAGGAUACUACCAGACUACUACACCCCGGCCAUGCUGGGUCUGAAGAUGGACCAGGAGGUUUUAGGGGAGCUCGUGAGGACCAAAGCCCCAGUUGUAUGGCAGGCCAUGGGGCAACACAACGUCAUGUGGACCCUGGUGGUCUCCAGGUGGUUCAUCUGUCUCUACAUAGACGUCCUGCCUGUAGAGACGGUUCUGCGUAUCUGGGACUGUCUGUUCUACGAGGGUUCUAAGAUUCUGUUCCGUGUGGCUCUGACGUUGAUAAGGAACCAGCAGGCUGAGGUCCAACAGGCCGGUUCCCUGCCUGACGUCUGUGACUGCUUCAAACACAUGACCAGAGGGCCCGAUGUAGAGGACUGCCACACCUUCAUGCAGAAAAUCUUCACGGAACCCGGAAGCCUCUCCAUGGCAACCAUCACCAAGCUCCGGGAGACGUGUCGAGCACGCAUCAUCGCUGAGGAGUCCUGACCCCAUCCUCCUGACCUGUCAAUCAAACACACUACACAUUCCGGGCUGGGUCCCAACACUCCUUAAUGGUCUCCUCUCCUCGGAUCCUAUUCCUCACUGUUGGGACAGUGUCCUAGACUGUUUAGUACUCUUUAGCAUGACUACCAUGUAGCUAUGUAGCCUGCCAUGUAGCUAUGUAGACUACCAUGUAUGGAGACUAUAAGGUGUUACUAGUACCAGCUAAUUGAAUUAGUACCUAUCCUGUGGGGGCACAUGGUACAGGUUAAACAUGAGCCUGGCACAAUAAUUAACAACCAAGAUGUCAAUGAAACCUUUAGUCUAUUACACUAUUGUCAAUACUGUAUGAAAGUCACAUGAAAUAAAAACAUAUUUAGCCAAAGGACAUGAAAACAUAAUAAGCUCAAAUGUGGUGUGGUUUGGCAAUAAGUGACAUUUUGAAAAUGCAGAGAUGAUCGUCUUAAUGAUGCGCGGACAGCAGAGGGCGUUACCAGACUGAUGUCGUCUUAAUGAUGCGCGGACAGCAGAGGGCGUUACCAGACUGAUGUCGUCUUAAUGAAGCGCGGACAGCAGUGGACGUUACCAGACUGAUGUCGUCUUUAUUUUUUAUAUUUUUUUAUAUAUAUUUUUAUUAACAACAAAUCAAUACAUAAAGCACAUGAGGGAACACAAGCAUACAUAGAUUACAAACAAUGGACAAUCGAGCUAGGGGGUACAA